GCCGAGUUCAGUACGCCGGCGACGCUCGAGCGACUCGCUCGCAAUUUAUCGACGUCGUCGCUUGUUUAACCUCUAAUAUAUCUGUGAUAAAAUACUUAAAACCAAUAUUUAUAUUUUAAUAAUUAUCAUCAUAGUAUAAAGUCGUGGUGUUUCCUUCGUAUUUAUUCAUUGUUAUUCGAGUAGUCAGGGUGGAAGUGUGUCAAUAUUCAAUUUGUGGUUAACGUUUGAUGACUGUGUAAAGCUAAAAAAAGCAUGAGUUGCUACUUAUACAAACAAAACUGAUUUAAAACAGGAUUAUUAUUCUGCGAAUACCUAUGUAUAAAAUAGUGAAUUGUGAAUGGAUAUCUUCGAGGAACUAUAAUUCAUAACCUGAAAUCACUCGUUUUUAUUUUCUUAUUUAAUAAAAUUUGAAUACAAUCUUUUAAUAAGUAUAAUUAAGAAUAAGAAUCAAUAUAGUUUAUAAUGUGUGAACAAUUUUAGUUCUAAUUGUGCAAAUAAUUCAGUAUUUAUUAUAAAUCAUGGAUUCAAAAGUCGUGUUAAAGGAAAAGAAUCCUCAAGAAAAUGCUAAUAUCUUCUCAAAGAUAUUCUUGGCAUGGAGCUUUAAGCUGUUCGGUAAAGGUUACAAACAUGGCAUAUCCUUGGAAGAUCUAUUUCAACCACGUAGCAAAGAUCACUCUAAACAGUUAGGCGAUCGCUUGGAAGAAGCUUGGGAACGGGAAUGCAUUAAUGCACAAGAAAAUGGCAGUAGGCCGUCGUUGUCUAAAGCUAUCGUUCGGACAUUCUGGCUCGAAUAUAUGAUGUGUGGUUUAAUUGUCGGGGUUCUGUAUAUUGUAUUAUGGCCAUUGAUCCCGUUCACCUUAUCCUUAUUUAUAGAAUACUUUUCUGGCGAAAAAACACCAGAGACCUACAAAAAAGCGCAUAUUUAUAACUUUUUAUUAAAUUUUUUGAGCAUUGGGACAUCCUUGAUGGUCAACCACUUGAAUCUUAGCCAGGGACGCAUAGGGAUGCGAGUCAGAAUAGCCUGUUGCUCAUUGUUGUAUAGAAAGGUAUUGAAAUUAAAUAGAACUGGCUUGAACAAAACGGAAACAGGGCAAGUAAUUAAUUUGAUGUCCAAUGAUGUUAGCCGCUUCGAUUUGGUGGCAUUAUUUCUGAAUUAUUUGUGGGUGAUGCCCAUCGUAGUGCCGGUAGUGUCUUAUCUCGUGUGGCAGCAUGUACAAUGGGCGAUAUUUGCCGCGCUCGGUGUCAUAUUUCUGCAAACAGUAUUGGUGCAAGCAUAUCUGAGCAACCUUCAGGGAGUCUUGCGAGGUAAAAUAGCAAAGCGUACCGAUGAAAGAGUUAAAGUUAUGAGCGAGCUAAUAAGCGGCGUUCAGGUUAUUAAGAUGUACGCGUGGGAAAAACCCUUUGAGAAACUCGUUGACAAGUUAAGGAAGCUUGAAGUGAACUUCAUUAUGCGAACAUCGAUGAUCAAAGGAUUUUCUACUGCACUGAUGGUUUUUACCGAGAGAUUUAUAUUGUUCUCUUGUAUCGUUGCGUACGUUGUGAUGGGAGGUGAAAUUCGUGCCAGCAUUGCCUUCUCAUUGGUGCAAUAUUUCAAUCUCCUACAGCUCGCUUGCAACAUCUUCUUUCCGAUGGCACUUUCAUACCUCGCUGAAACUAACGUUUCAAUGAGACGUAUAGAGGAUUUCCUCCUGCUAGAUGAACUAGAGAGUAUAAAAGAGAAAGAAGUGUAUAAAAAUGCAAAACUUAAUUCGAAUUUAGUACUUAACGGUGAUAUGCUUAAAGAGAAACAAGUAGAAAAAGACCGCCCGACCCCUACUGGACUCGUUUUAGCGGGAGUCACAGCUAGCUGGCAAAAUGAUCCAAUCGUACACACUUUGAGAAAUAUAACAUUGACGGCUCAUCCUGGUGAAUUUAUUGGUGUUGCCGGACUUGUGGGAUCCGGCAAGUCUUCGUUGCUACAACUUAUACUGGGAGAGCUACAACCGUCUCAAGGAAGUAUAUCUUUAGGCGGUUCACGAAUAUCUUACGCGAGUCAAGAGCCGUGGCUAUUUGUGGCUACAAUAAGACAGAACAUAUUAUUUGGUUUACCUUACGACAAGAUCCGUUAUAAGAAGGUGGUUACGGCGUGCGCUCUACUCCGCGAUUUCGAACAGCUCCCAGCCGGCGACUCUACGUUGGUCGGUGAACGGGGAAUAAGUCUCAGUGGUGGGCAGAGAGCGCGCGUUGGUUUAGCGCGUGCGUGUUAUAGACAAGCGGACAUCUACCUCCUAGACGACCCGCUGUCGGCUGUAGACACACAUGUCGGCAAACAACUGGCGUCAGAGUGUAUCAAUGGGUUAUUAAAGAACUCUACCCGCAUUUUAGUCACUCAUCAGCUGCACCACUUAAAAACUGCCGACAAAGUCAUCAUAUUAAGAAAUGGCGAAAUCGAAACACAAGGGAACUUCGAGCUUGUUUCCCGCUCUCCCCUAUUCGCGGAGCUGUUGGAAGAAGAGGAGCAAACCGACGAAGCUCCGGGCGCAGUACUCCGCAAAAGAACCUUGUCCAUCCAGUCACACUCAAGUGUCAGCACCAUACAAGAUGCUACUCAGGCAGAAAUAUUGGAUGAAGAAGAAAACGCUGAAGUCUCUGAGUCUGGUCGAGUGUCGGGCCACGUGUACAUGAAAUACUUCAAGGCCGGAGGCGGAUGGUUCCUCCUCUCGACGACUGUCAUCGGCAUUGUGUUGGCGCAAGUGGUCACGUCACUCAGCGACCUUUGGCUAACGCAAUGGAUGAAUGACGUAGAAGCCCGAUAUGAUAAAGGCGAUAUGCCAGAGCUUAACGAAACGGGAAUUUUAUCGGCAAACUUAACCAACUUCAACGAGGCAAGUGAGGUAGGGAACAUGACGACAUUCGCUCCCACCACGGCCAUCGCUCCGAACCUCACCGUCAUCGGGACUAUGAUGAAAACGGCGAUCGCGAUGACCAAUGUCACCGCUACAGAGCUUGAAAAUGUUAACCACGACUACUAUAUUUAUAUCUGGGCUAUUCUUAUCCUCAGCUGUGUUGUCUUUACUACGGGCAGAUCUGUAAUGUUCCUGUGGGUGUGCAUGAGAAGUUCUAUCAACCUGCACAACACAAUGUUUAGCAACAUCCUGGCAGCCACGAUGCGUUUCUUCGACACCAACCCCUCCGGCCGAAUUCUCAACAGAUUCUCCAAAGACAUGGGCAUUGUUGAUGAAAUAUUACCCAGAAUGUACUUGGACAGUAUACAGGUGUGUAUGGUAAUGAUGGGUAUAUUGGUGAUGGUGGCGAUCGUCAGCCCGUACAUGUUGCUGACCACGGCCGGCUGCGGCAUCGUCAUGUACAUCUGGACCCUGGUAUAUCUCAGCACAGCACAGGCUAUCAAAAGAGUGGAAGGCGUGUCCCGCAGCCCGGUGUUCUCGCACGUGUCUGCGAGCAUGGCGGGGCUGCCCACGGUGCGCUCGUGCAACGCCGAGGCCAUGCUGCGCGACCAGUUCGACGACAAACAAGAUGUCCACACAGCCGCCUGGUACCUAAUGCUGAUCACGAACACCGCAUUCUCGAUUUGGCUGAGUCUUGUUUCCGCUUUUUACGUGGUCGUCGUUGCUUACACUUUCCUUCUUAAAGACGAUGGAUCAACAAAAUCGGGAAAUGUCGGUUUAGCUAUAAGUCAAGGGUUGAUUCUCGUGAACAUGGUGCAGUACGGCAUCAAGCAGGCCACAGAAGUGGUCUCACAGAUGACCAGCGUCGAACGACUCGUACAAUUCACGUCACUGCCGCUCGAGAAUACUGCAGGUCCCGCGCCGCCCAAGAGCUGGCCUCAGCGCGCUAGACUUGUCUUCAAGGACUUGUACUUACGAUACGACGCAGACGCAGAACCUGUACUUAAAGGACUCAAUAUUGUUGUUGAAAGCGGUUGGAAGGUCGGUGUGGUAGGACGAACCGGCGCGGGCAAAUCAUCUCUCAUCUCGGCUCUAUUCAGAUUAGCUCCGAUUGAAGGCAACAUCUACAUCGAUGACGUAGAGACUGGUGACAUCGCACUUAAGGAACUCAGAGCAAAGAUUUCUAUAAUUCCGCAAGAACCUGUGCUGUUCUCUGCCAGCUUGCGUUACAAUAUGGAUCCGUUUGAUAAGUACUCCGAUGCCGAAAUUUGGAAAGCGUUAGAAGAGGUUGAACUAAAGAACAGCGUGACGUCGCUGUCGGCGUCCGUGGCGUCGGGCGGGUCGAACUUCAGCGCGGGCCAGCGCCAGCUGCUGUGCCUCGGCCGCGCCGCCCUCGCUCGCAACAAGCUGCUCGUGCUCGACGAGGCCACCGCCAACGUCGACCCCAACACGGACGCCUUGAUCCAGAAGUCUAUCCGCAAACACUUCACGGACUGCACGGUGAUCACGGUCGCUCAUCGGUUGCAUACCGUCGCGGACUCUGAUCGCGUUGUUGUCAUGGAAGCUGGAACAAUUGUCGAAUGUGGACACCCACACGAAUUAUUACAAAACCCCGAAGGGCACUUCACCAAGAUGGUGCAACAAUUGGGCCCUGCGCCUGAGCAAAGCUUACGCGAUAUUGCCAGUAACGCCUACGCGCAGCACAUCAAAUAUGUCGACGCGGAAUGACCCUCGGGUGGACACUAGCCCCCCCGAAUAAUAUUUAGUUUUACGCGUACAAAAGUGACCGAAACGGCGUAUAAACGCGGAUACACUUUCUCUGUGUUUGUCGGGCUUAUUUUAUAUUUUGGUGCUUGCACGGAGUCGUUGACACAUAUUUGUACUAUAAGGUUUUAGGUUCAUUUGCAAGCUGCAUGUUUUUCAAUAUAAGCCCGGCGUAAAACAGUGUGCGCGCGACAAAUACACCCAUGUAUAACGGCAAUAUCAACCAGUACUUGCUGUGUCCACUUGCGUUCCUAUUAUAAAAAUACCAGUAAAAUCAUUUUCCUGCAUUGUUUAAAACGAUCUUUUAUGUGAGUAUUCAUAAUUUGAAUUAAUCACUGUUAUUUAAAAUUUUUAGUUUAAUAAUUAAUAUUAAGGCAAAACAUUAUGUUAGAUGUAAUUGCAAUUCUUUUCGAGUUUAAGAGUAAAUUCACUUCCGUCGCAUUUAUUGUACUAUUUUAUUAGAGUUUCGACUUGCAGACGAUUUUUCGAAACAUAGGAUCGAAAAUGAUGUGAAUAUAAUGUAAGUUUAAUAUAAAUAAUAGUUUCCCAAGUGCUUAAGUGAUGAUCCUGUCACAAAAAUAAGGCUCUAAAAAUGUACUUAUGUUAAACUGAGUACUUAUUUUUACAUGUUUUUAUAAUAUUAAUUUUAUGGACCAAAUGUUUGUCACAACAAAAAUAGGCAUAUUUAAUGUUUAAUGUACCUAGAUUUACAAUACGAAUAAAUAUUGUUAGUAUAAGUAUGUGGAUUAUCCUUAUUGAAGUAUUUUUUGUUCUUUAUGCAUGUGUUUUUAUUAUCAUAGAUAUUGUAUUCGUUAUACAGAAUAUUUAUAUUAAACUUUGUUCGAUAAAAUAAA